AGUGCAGGAUGAAAUCUGCCAGACGAACACGACGAGUUUUUACAUAUUUGCGUUCGUAUGCAACGACUCCCAUCUCUAUUUACAGACUUAUUUGUAAUCAACUUACAAUGUACCGUUUUGUGUGAUUAUUGGGAGUUACUUUACACUAGAUGACCUUUUUGCCAACAUGGAACUCUUUUCAUCUCAUUAGAACAACAGCAUAUUAAGUUAGGGUUUGUUUUGGAUACUGGUUUGAUAGUCGGUACUAGUAACUACUACAUUUGGUUGUUGCAUGCUGGUGGUUUCGAGAGCGCCUUAGCCUUUUUCUAUCUGAUCACUGAUAUGGUAAAGAAUCACAUUGUCUUUAGUCCCAGCAGUAGCCCCCCCCCCCCCCCCCCCCCCCCCCGGCAUCUGAAAAGCACAUCACUAGUUGGGCCUGGUAACAAGGUGUGUGAUCAGGGUCAGAGGAAGUCUGCAUCUGUUCAGCUCUCAGAGCUAAUGGUCAUCACCGUGUCAGUGGGAAUCUCUACCCCCUCUUUGUGUCUUUUCUCAUUUGCGGAGAAGAAAAGCAUUGAAAUGGCUAGAUUUGCAGGCACAUGGACAGUGGGGGUAAUAUAAGGAGUGAAGGUGUGGCAGGGGGCAGUGAUUGGAUUCAAACAGUGGGAUGUUUGGUAUAAUCCCUUAGAUAUGGUGCUUGAAGUUGAUCCUGGAUUUUCAGAUAAUCAGGUACUGUACUCGGCAUAGAAAUACUUGAUAAAUACGAGCUAAAACUUUGCACUAUUUAGUUUUGUUUCUGGGUUUGAUUGCGAAAUUCAUAGUUUACCUACAGAGGCAAAAAGGGAACUUGGGAGUUAAUUCUCCAGAACAUGAAUAGGUUAGACUGCAUCUUGUUAAAUUUCAGCUCUACCACAAAACUCAACCCCCCUAAAGGAUUUCAACUUGCACAGUAUUAAACAUGGUGAAAGAUAAUCCCUCAUGUGAACAUUUCAAAUGUUAACUGUGUGUAUUUACUGCUACGUUCACAAGUCAGCAAGAACUUGUUUCAUGCAUCUGAGACAUGCGUACUAAAGCGCAGGAAUUGGUGUAGUAGUUCCAGUAUGGUUGUCUCUCUCCAUCCACUCAGUUUUGCGCUCGAGUCCCACCUGUAAUGGCAUCUUUUUGUGUUUUAUUUUAUUCACUUUAAUGUUUUUUUUCUUCAUUUGAUGACUGGUGAGCCCAAUCCACUGAUAGGGCAGCUCUGAGGCUGUAACAUACUAUUCAGUAUUAGAUUAUGUAAGGUUCAAAUCUUAAAUAUGUUUCAUGAAGUGGAACAGGUUAAAAAAUAAAUACAAAAAAAGAUAAUGUACGAAGGCAGACAAUGACAACACUGUUUGAAAUGGGUUCAACUUCAGCCUCACUUUCAUCUGUGAGCUUCAGCGUUGGCAGAAGGGGUAGAUAGUGAACUACACCUUGAGCAGGAUAGUGAACUUCACCUUGAGCAGGAUAGUGAACUACACCUUGAGCAGGCUAGUGAACUACACCUUGAGCAGGCUAGUGAACUACACCUUGAGCAGGAUAGUGAAAUACACCUUGAGCAGGAUAGUGAAAUACACCUUGAGCAGGCUAGUGAACUACACCUUGAGCAGGAUGGUGAACUACACCUUGAGCAGGAUGGUGAACUACACCUUGAGCAGGAUGGUGAACUACACCUUGAGCAGGCUAGUGAACUACACCUUGAGCAGGAUAGUGAAAUACACCUUGAGCAGGAUAGUGAAAUACACCUUGAGCAGGCUAGUGAACUACACCUUGAGCAGGAUAGUGAACUACACCUUGAGCAGGCUAGUGAACUACACCUUGAGCAGGAUAGUGAAAUACACCUUGAGCAGGCUAGUGAACUACACCUUGAGCAGGAUGGUGAACUACACCUUGAGCAGGAUGGUGAACUACACCUUGAGCAGGAUAGUGAACUACACCUUGAGCAGGAGGGUGAACUACACCUUGAGCAGGAGGGUGAACUACACCUUGAGCAGGAUAGUGAACUACACCUUGAGCAGGAUAGUGAACUACACCUUGAGCAGGAUAGUGAACUACACCUUGAGCAGGCUAGUGAACUACACCUUGAGCAGGAUAGUGAAAUACACCUUGAGCAGGCUAGUGAACUACACCUUGAGCAGGAUGGUGAACUACACCUUGAGCAGGAUGGUGAACUACACCUUGAGCAGGAUAGUGAACUACACCUUGAGCAGGAGGGUGAACUACACCUUGAGCAGGAGGGUGAACUACACCUUGAGCAGGAUAGUGAACUACACCUUGAGCAGGAUAGUGAACUACACCUUGAACUGUCCCUCUGUGAAUCUGACAAGCUCAGCAGUGUUCAGCUUUGACAGAUAUAAGGCGACACCACGCUAUUUGGUCAUGUUCCAACUCUCAGCUCAAUUCGGAAUGUCCCAGUUUAUAAUAUGGCUUUUGUUGCUUCCUCUUACAAGUAUGUUUUGUCUUUUCAGCAUGGUGUCUACUGUAUGUAGAUCUCUCCUGGCACUCCUCAUAACCAUGUGCUUUUAUAUUGACCACUGUACUCUGCCUAAAUGUAGGAAGUGAGAGAAUGAUUCCAAACUGUGUAGAUGUGUCUCCUAGAUGUCUUCCUGCAACAAGGAGCACCUUGUGCCACCAUUUAAAAAGAUGACCUGAGGGUGGAACAUGCUUCAGAGAAUGUCCUGUACUAAUAGUGAUUGCUGCUUUUCUGAUUUGGACGCUUGUUUUGAGUUCCAAAAAUAUUAAAAGAGUGAGUUUGAUUCUCAAUUCUGAAGGACUGAGAUGCACUGGGAUGGGCAGUCUUAAAAGUUCAUUUUUUGGGGGGAGGGGAAAUAGACGUGAUGCACCAUAUCUGCUUAUUUAUAAACCAAUGCUGUUUAUUCCAUUAGAUAUCGAUAACAAGCUUAUUUCUAAGAAGAUACAAUAUAUACAUGAUUAUAUAUAAAAAUGUAUGAUUUCCAUCCAGUGUUUGAAAACUUGAAUUUUAUUUAAACUUGAAAAAUGACUUUGCCUUAACUUUUAUACGAGACGGCGUAGAGUUGAUUUCUUUUCAAACCCCAAAAUGUUACCAAGGGUGACACAUGGAAAUAUUUAGUCAUACCAAACGUCACAAGUCUUACUUGGUCUUAAGAAAGUACAAAUCUAGCAGCAUUUUGUUUCUUUUAUUUGUUGUUGUAAAAUGUACGGAAAUAAUCUAAUUUGAUAGUCCUUGUUCUUUGUUUCUAGUUUCUAUUUUCAGUUUGUUUUGGGGAAAAUAUAAAUCCUGUAAAUGCAAAAUAGUCAAUACUGUAUUAAAUAUGUGCACUUUGAAGUGUGUGCUUGGCUUGUACAGUUGUAAAUAAUCAGAAAAAUAUAAGAGGUACCUUAAAAUGAUAUAAAAAAUAUAUUGAUCUUGUUGAAAUAUUAAUGUUGCUAUUGAGCUGGAUGUAGGAUAAACUAAAUGUUGUGGUUUGGAAUAUUUCUUUUUACUUUUUGUUCCAGUGUGCAGAAAUUGAGUCUGCCACACUGAUGUGGGCAGAUGUGUCUGAUUGUAACUUUUUAAAUGUCAUGCUCCAUUCCAUUCUUCUUGUGUUGUGUUCACCUGGUGUGCAGGUGUGUUACUGUUGUCCCGCCCCCCUCACUGUGCACAAUGAGAGAAGGGGAAAACCUGUGGUACAUCCUGAAAUGACGGUCCACCAGAAAACCUGUAGUCCGUCUUUGCUGUGCUUAAGCAAUCUGAGGUGAUAACCAUAUAGGAUUUGAAAGUGGAGUACGGUAAAAGCACAUUUUAAGCACAGAUACAUCUCAAUCUUUCACACUCAAAAGCAGUGAAACAAAAAAAAGAACUGGCCACAUAUUGUACCAGAUACAACCUUUCAUCUUUGACGCAAAGUGAUUAGAUUUUUUUUUUACAUUGUUGACAUUUUCUUUCUUUUCUUUCUUUGUGUGGAUAUUUUGUUAUAGUUUUCAUUUGAGAUUUUGCUUUUCAGAAUGUGUGUCAGAUUUUGUAGCCCCCAGAACUAAUUAAUGUACAAACAAUUUUAUUUGGUAAGCUUACUAGUGUUUAGAUUCAAAUCAUAUAGUGUAGGUCAUUUUACACUUAUCAUUUCAGAGUUUUCUGGCACAUAACUGAAUAACAAGCCGUGCAUUGUCUGUUUAUCUUUCAAUCACAUUUGGACUGCAUUUAAUGUGGCAAAGAACCAUUGUCUGUGCCAUUUAUAAUAAUUAUUUUUGUUCAACCUGGCAGUUUAACUUGUACAUAGUUGAAAACUUGCCAUUAUAUUUUGAUAAUUGAUUUCUUACUGAUGACGUGUAGCUGGACAAAGACUAUAUCGCUAUAUACAUAAACUGGGACUUAACCUGAUACCACUGACUAGACGCUGAAUGACUCAGCAAUCUGCAUCUAGUGCAUCUGUUUUGGCUGAGCGGAGGCAUGUCCGUCUAACUGGAGCCGGUGUUCAUUAGCUGUAAGCCCAACACAAAUGCAGAUGUCAUUGCAGAAAGGUUAUCUAUGAAUGUGCUAUCAAGCUUAGCUUUGCGUGUGAGCAUGUGUGUGUGGGUCUCCGUGUGUAAGUGGUGAGUACCAUCUGGAGUGAGGGGGGUCAGUCAAGUAAAACACAAAGUUAUGAAUGGUUGAUAGAAACAUGGGUGGGUUGGCCAGAUGUGCAGAAGGUGUGUGUAAUGAGAAAUGAUGUUUGCAUUGUAAUGUUCUUGGGGGGGAGGGGGGGGGUGGUUGUCUCCAGACGAGAUGGCCCGGCUCAGCAAAGACUCACAUUUGAACUCCUCUGGUUUUGCAAGCACUAAAAGCCCUGUUGUAAUGUUUGGGCUGUUCUGUUACUGUACACCAAGCGUCAUAUCAGGCUGUCUUUCUCCCCACCCAGUUGGCCUCUGCUUCGUCUCACAGGUUUGACAGUGCCAUGUAUUUUUUGCGGUUGCAGCUUGUCGUAAAUUGACCCCUGUUUUUUUCUUUGUCCGAGCAACGACGUGUUUUCAAAAUGCACCAACUGACUGGAAGCGAGGCGAACCUGCUGUCUCACUAUCAAACUCACUGUGGUCAAUUAACUCAUUUUUACUCUUACCAUGUUACGCUAACGGCAGUGGACAAUCGAUGACUCGGGUGAGAGGAAGCCAACAGCAGUUGGCAAAAGGGUUGAGGAAACUAAGGUUACUCUGAGAGGGCUUUUGAUUUUUGUCUUACCUAUUCUUCCAUUUAAGACUGGAAUCAAGCGUACAUGUCAACUAUUGAUAAUUUAAGUUACUCUUGUGUCAUGAUGUAAACUGUCUAAUUUGGAGAAAAAAAUGUAGCUUACUGAAAAUAAAGAUUUAGGCACUGUUGAGAA